AUGCGAUUGAGAGACGUGACGCUUCAGCCGACACCUCCUACCCCGCCCGAGAUCGAAGGCUACCUAAAAAAAUUAAAGCGCAAAACGAAAAGUAUUUCCGGUAACUGGAACAAACGUUGGUUCUUUGUAGACCCGAGACGUCGAGAGUUCUGCUAUGCAGACAGCAAAAGUAGCGCAAUACGAAGUUCCAUCUAUCUCGACGAUAUCACUGCUGUAGUGCAGUUUGAUGAAACGCACUUCCAGGUCGAAAGUAGAACGCGCAAUUUUUUUCUAUGGGGAGAAAGCAAAGCGAGUACCGCAUGUUGGGUGUCAAGUCUUGAGAGCUAUCGCAAGAAGGUGAUCGAUUACGAAAAAGAUAAAAUUGCUUACUCUGCAGCCACAGAGGCGAGGGCUACUGCCGAUUUAGCUACAACAGCAAGUGCUGAAAGUGAUAAAUCACAACGAAUGUCUCUAGAUUCAAGAAAUUCACGGCAAUCUGUCGUUACCCAAGAAUGA